AUGACCAAGCAAUCCUCCCGGUCUGAGCCGGAGGGCUGGGUGGACGGGUUCCGACGCGCCGAGAAACCGCCCAGGAGGUUUCAGCAUUCUCCGUACAAGCAAACUCUUCCCCCAGUCAUAGCCGCCGUCGCCGGGAGCCGUGACUACGACUUGGGCGCCGCCAACAUCAAAACGGCCAACACGCUUCUUGCGAGGGAGCUGAAGGGACGACACUUGCAGAUGAUAGCAUUUGGAGGCGCUAUUGGAACCGGCCUCUUCGUAGCCUCUGGCAACUCCCUCUCCACCGGUGGGCCAGCCAGCCUUUUUCUGUCCUUCUUUAUCCAUGGCGUCUUGCAAUACAGUACAAUGCAGUCACUAGGAGAACUCUGCGUCUUAUUUCCAAUUGCUGGUUCCUUCUCCGCCUUUUCUACCAGAUUUCUUGAUCCCUCUUGGGGCUUCGCAAUGGGAUGGAACUACUGUCUGCAAUGGCUCUUCGUCCUGCCGAUGGAGAUCCUUGCAGGAGCAUAUACUAUCAACUACUGGAACGAAAAUUUGAGCAAGGCCAUCGUAAUCGCGAUCUUUCUUUCUUUAAUCACAAUUAUCAACCUCUUCGGCGUCAAGGCCUAUGGCGAGGCUGAAUUUAUUUUCUCAAUUAUUAAAAUCACUGGUGUGAUUGGUUUUAUCUUACUGGGCACAGUCAUCAACAUCGGUGGCCACCCAGACAGCGGCUACAUGGGAUGGCAGUACUGGCGCGACCCUGGUGCCUUUAAUAACGGCUUUAAGGGUUUCUGUACUGUUAUAGUCAACUCGUCUGCUGCCUUUGCCGGAACUGAACUUAUCGGCCUGGCUGCGGCCGAAGCUGCCAAUCCCAGAAAGUCCCUACCGUCAGCUAUCAAACAGGUCUUCUGGCGAAUCUCGAUCUUUUACUGCGUUUCGUUGUUACUCAUCGGACUAUUAGUCCCUUAUACCGACCCUCGUCUUUUGGGCGCGAAGAGUACCUCAGCCGCGCUUGCAAGCCCCUUCGUUAUUGCCAUCGAAAGCGCAGGGACUAAGGUCCUGCCCAGCAUUAUGAAUGUCGUCAUUUUAAUCGCUGUUAUUAGUGUUGGCAAUUCUGCUGUGUAUGGGUCCUCUCGAACCCUCCUCGCCCUCGCCGAACAGUCCCAUGCCCCUCGAAUAUUCUCCUACGUCGAUCGACAAGGCCGGCCUUUACUGGCUAUUGUACUUGCAUGUAUGAUUGGUCUCCUAGCUUUUCUGGUGGACCUGGCAGAAACAGGUAUCAUCUUCAACUGGCUCCUCUCAAUUAGCAGUCUAUGCAUGCUCUUUACCUGGGGCAGCAUCUGUCUCUGCCACAUCCGAUUUCGAAAAGCUUGGGCAUAUGCGUCUCGCCCCUUAGACCAGCUCCCAUUUCGGUCAUCAGUCGGGGUGGCCGGGUCCUGGUUCGCACUUACUGGAUUUUCCAUUAUCCUUGUUGGGCAGGUUUGGAUCGGCAUCUGGCCUCUCGACGUAUCAGACUCGCCUGGCGUUAGAGCUCAGGCUUUCUUCCUCCGCGCCAUGGCGUUUCCUGUUAUCCUAGCAUCCUACGGCGCCCAUAAACUAUGGUUUCGGACGCAGGUCGUCCGGAUUGCCAAGAUGGACAUUACCACAGGUCGGCGGUAUUCCCGAGUUCACAUCCUUACUGAGCAAGAACGGAGUGAGCAGCUUGCUUGGCCACGCUGGAAAAAGCUCUAUCGCUUUCUCUGUUGA